AUGAAAAACUCUACAUAUUGUAUGAAGGUGUCAAUGUCCUUGACUGUUGCAGAGAAUGAAUCAGGCCUGUGCUACAAUAGCAGGAUCCGCUAUUUAGAAAAAUCUGAAGUCACUAAAAGAAAAGAGAUCUCCUGUCCAGACAUGGAUGACUUUAAAAAAUCUGAUCAGGAGCCUGAUGUUGUGUGGUACAAGGAAUGCAAGCCAAAAAUGUGGAGAAGUAUAAUAAUACAGAAAGGAAAUGCUCUUCUGAUCCAGGAAGUUCAAGAAGAGGAUGGAGGAAAUUACACUUGUGAACUUAAGUAUGAAGGAAAACUUGUAAGACGAACAACCGAAUUGAAAGUUACAGCUUUACUCACAGACAAGCCUCCCAAGCCAUUGUUCCCCAUGGAGAAUCAGCCAAGUGUUAUAGAUGUCCAGCUGGGUAAACCUCUGAACAUUCCUUGCAAAGCAUUCUUUGGAUUUAGUGGAGAGUCUGGACCAAUGAUCUACUGGAUGAAAGGGGAGAAAUUUAUUGAAGAACUGGCUGGUCACAUUAGAGAAGGUGAAAUAAGGCUACUCAAAGAGCAUCUUGGAGAAAAAGAAGUUGAGUUGGCACUCAUCUUUGAUUCAGUGGUGGAGGCUGACCUGGCAAAUUAUACCUGCCAUGUGGAAAACCGAAAUGGACGGAAACAUGCUAGUGUUCUGCUGCGUAAAAAGGAUUUAAUCUAUAAAAUUGAGCUUGCAGGAGGCGUGGGAGCAAUCAUCCUCCUCCUUGUGCUACUCGUGGUCAUCUACAAAUGCUACAACAUUGAACUGAUGCUCUUCUACAGACAGCAUUUUGGAGAUGACGAAACUACUGAUGACAACAAGGAAUAUGAUGCCUAUCUCUCUUACACAAAAGUGGACCAAGAUACUUUAGACUGUGACAAUCCUGAAGAAGAGCAGUUUGCUCUUGAAAUACUGCCAGAUGUCCUAGAAAAACACUAUGGAUAUAAACUCUUCAUCCCAGAAAGAGACCUGAUUCCAAGUGGAACAUAUAUUGAAGAUCUCACAAGAUGUGUUGAGCAAAGCAGAAGACUUAUUAUCGUGCUAACACCAGACUAUAUUCUCAGACGAGGAUGGAGUAUUUUCGAGUUGGAAAACAGACUCCAUAACAUGCUAGUCAGUGGAGAAAUAAAAGUGAUUUUGAUUGAGUGUACAGAAUUAAAAGGGAAGGUGAAUUGCCAGGAAGUGGAAUCACUAAAGCACAGCAUCAAACUUCUGUCACUGAUCAAGUGGAAGGGACCCAAAAGCAGUAAAUUAAAUUCUAAGUUUUGGAAGCACUUAGUAUAUGAAAUGCCCAUCAAGAAAAAAGAAGUGCUUUCUCAGUGCCAUAUUCUGGACUCUGCAGAACAAGGACUUUUUGGAGAACUCCAACCUAUACCCUCUAUUGCCAUGACCAGUACCUCAGCCUCUCUGGUAUCAUCUCAAGCUGAUCUCCCUGAUUUCCACCAUUCAGAUCCGAUGCAAAUGAGGCACUGUUGCAGAGGUUAUAAACACGAGAUGCCAACCACCACCUUGCCCGUACCUUCCUUAGGUAACCACCACACUUAUUGUAAUCUGCCUCUGACUCUACACAAUGGACAGCUACCCCUUAAUAAUUCCCUGAAAGAUACCCAGGAAAUUCAUAGAAACAGUUCCCUGCUACAUUUAUCAUCCAAAGAGCUUAGUUUCACCAGUGAUAUUUGGUAGUGAAAAGUCUGACAUACUCAGAAAAGCCAUGUGAGCAUUGAGAGUUUCUGCUAUAUUAAGCAUAAAGUACACCUAACAACAUCUAGGUGCUGAAAAAGUGUUUGAAGAAAAAGGCACAGAAAUCGCUUUUGUACUUUAUUUUUGUUGUUGUUUAUGUUUCGAGAAUACUGGGGGAAGAAAGACCUGAUUUUGUAGUGUAGUAUGCUAUCCCAAUGUACAAUUUUAAUUUCUCCCUGAAAAAAUUAAUCAUAUUGUUUUAGAGUAGGUUUUUGAAACCACUUGAACUACAAGCUUAGUAGAUGAGCUACCUUCAACAUAUUUAUGAAUAUUUCAGUAUCUACAUGGUAUUUGAAACAGGGAAAAUUUAAAGACUUUUACUGAAUUUGAAAAUUCUGAACUACCUUUAAGGGGAAAGGAGAACUUCUAUAGAGUAACUGAAAAAUCAGGAAUUAUCAAGAAAGAAGUGUUGAGGCACCCAAAUUGGAAGAUUGCUUGUGAAAAAUGUGAUGGAAGCAAUUAGAACUUCUUCAACAUAAUGGACAAUUUCUGUAGACUAAAUCAAUAGCUCAUAAUGAUAGCUUUUAGUUUUAUUAGGCAAGCACAUAUUCUGUAGGCAAACUGGUAGGUAGGUAAACAACAUGCAUUUCUUAAGCAACUGAAUAGACAGGCUGUUAGUUCUUUUAGAAUGAUUUUGAAAAAUCCUUAUGGCUUUCUAGCCUAUUUUAAAAGUUUUACAAAUUUGAAAACACAUUUUAAGGUGUGCAUUUCAUUGUUUGCUAAAAAAUUCACAUUUGGAUUUUCCCCAAAUAAUCUCUCAACCUUCUAUAGGCUUUAUAAGAAGAUGUGAGAAUCUUCCUACUUUUCCAGCAUCGUUGGAGUUUGAAUUUAAAUAAAUAUUGACUGCACAUGUCAGCAGUACAAAAGAAAUAAAACAACAAUAAUCACAGAUGAAGUGCUAAAUAAUUCAAGUUUACUAGUGGUAGAGCAGCAAUUGCAGUGAUUCUUAUCUGAAAUGUAGUUGUGAAAGAGACUAUUCUGUACAUACACAAUAUCUGCUUGGCCAUGUGUGCAAGGCUUCUGUAGAAGUAUCUCUAUUCCUGGUGCUUCAAAGAGUAUAUUUUGUAGAUAAUCUUCUCCAUCCUCACGUUGUGACUGUGACUGUACUCUAGCAGAAAAUCCCUGUGAGUAAUCUAAAAUAUUAUGAAUUUGCUGUAAGGAAUGUUCCCCUAUUUUCAUAUUUAUUGUGGAUUACUACUUUAUAUUCUUUCCAAUUAAUCCAUUUUGGUGUGUUCUUCACCAAGAUGCCCAUGAGGGUCAAUUGUUAAUCAAGGUUGAUUCUAGCAUUUUGCAAAUAUUUCUUAAAUCAUGUUUUAUAAAAAUAUAAGCAAGGACAAAUGUACACAGUGUGUAAAAAUUAAUUUGCCCAGCCAUUGUAAUUGUGAAACUCAAAUGUAUAAAAGAACAUUAGAUAAUGUUUUGAUUAUUUUUUUCAACCUCUUUACAUUAUUGACUCCCUGUGGUCCAUGGGUUUUGUUCAAAGUAUUUGCUUCUCUGUUGCUUUACUAUAUCAAGCUGUUCAAGAAAUACAUUAUGCACCAAAGGUAUGUGAAAUCUUAACAGUGAUACAUGUUCAUUUCACAGUGAGACAAUUAGUUAUUCCUUUGAAAAGUCCUAUUCAACACAUACAGGUGUUUCAUAGAUGUAUUUUUUUCUACUGAGAAAGGUGAUUUUGCUUCUGUAAAAACUAUAGGUUUUUCAAAAUAGGAA